AGGGUUGGGGGGGGGGCGGUGCGUCCGGUCGGCUCCGCUGUCUCCGUCCCGCCCCGCCGGGGCACUCCCCUCCGCCGCUCUCCCCCCGCCCCUCCGGGCCCUCCCCCCCGGUGUCACGGCGGCGCCCGCAUUCGGGGCCGGGCACGGCGGAGGAAGGGAGGGAAGGAAGGAGGGAGACGGGAGCGGGCGAAGGAGCGACCGAGCGGCGGCCGCCCCAGCAUCCGCCGCCGCCGCCGCCCUCGCCCGGCGCUGUCAGGUGCGUGCCGCCCGCCAGCAUGGCUCCGCCGCGCCGCCGGACUUAGCGCCGGGCCGCCCGCCCGCCCCUCCGCCUCUCCCCGCCUAGGUGCCCCCACCAGCGCCGCCCGGCCCCCGGAGGUCGCCGGUUCCCCGCCGAGGAUGCCGCCAGCCGCCGGUCUCACCGGUGCAUCUGUUGCUGCUUGACCGAGCCGACAGCCCCGCUGCAGCGUCCGCCGAUGGAUGCGGCAGCCCCCGCGCCCUGCCCGCCCGCCGCCGCCGCCGCCGCCGCUGUGCCGGGAACGACUCCGGAGCUCCGCGGCCGGUAAAAAAAAAAACCAAACCAACCAUACAAACAAACGAGAGAAAAGACCCAAAACCGACCCAAACCCAGCCCGCUCCCCCCGCCUCGCCUGGCGCUGCUGGAGAGACCGAUGGACAUGCGGCACCCGCCCCGGCCCGCCGCUCCCGUUAACCUCCCGGUCCCCGGCGCGGAGCCGGGCAGAGCCACCGCGUAGGGCGAGAGCGGCCGGACCCGGGGCUGCGGCCCCGCCGGGACCCGGCGCUGAGCGGCCCCUCCUCCCUCCUCCGCUCCACCCGAGCUCGGAGCCUUCUUCGCACUCUUCUCCCUCCCGUGUUUUGGGGGGUUUUUGGUUGUUUCUUCUCUUUUUUUUUCUUUAAUUUUUUUUUUGGGUGGAAACCGACCGUAACUCGGGGAGGGGGCUGCCGGGGGGGGGGGUGGGGGGCGGGAGCGGCGGGGAGGGGACCAUGGAAGAGAAGCUCCAGGCGCAUCAGGUGGAGAUCGACCCGGAUUUCGAGCCGCAGAGCCGGCCCCGGUCCUGCACUUGGCCUCUCCCGCACCCCGACUUCGCGGCGGAGGAGGACGAUGGGGCCGCGGCCCCGGGGGGACCCCCGGCGCGGGGGGCCGGUGGCGCGGAGGGGACCGAGAACGCGGCGGCCCCGGCGGAGCGCAGAGCCGCCGCCGCUCCCCCCCUGCCGCCUCCCGGCGCGGACGUGGGGCAGCUCCGCAAGGCCAAGACCUCCCGGAGGAACGCCUGGGGCAACCUCUCCUACGCCGACCUCAUCACCAAAGCCAUCGAGAGCUCGCCCGAGAAGCGCCUCACGCUCUCGCAGAUCUACGACUGGAUGGUGCGAUACGUCCCCUACUUUAAGGAUAAAGGAGACAGCAACAGCUCCGCCGGAUGGAAGAACUCCAUCCGGCACAACCUGUCCCUGCACACCCGCUUCAUCCGCGUGCAGAACGAGGGCACGGGCAAGAGCUCCUGGUGGAUGCUGAACCCCGAGGGCGGCAAGACCGGGAAGACGCCGCGCCGGCGGGCGGUCUCCAUGGACAACAACAGCAAGUUCCUGCGCAUCAAGGGCAAGGCCAGCAAGAAGAAGCAGCUGCAGGUGACGCAGGAGCGCGGGGAGGACAGUCCUUCGUCCCAGCAAGCCAAGUGGUCGGAGAGCCCCGCGUCCCACGCCAGUGACGAGUACGAUGCCUGGGCGGACUUCAGGACACGGGCCAACUCCACGGCCAGCACGCUGAGCGGGCGCCUCUCGCCCAUCAUGUCCAACCACGAGCCGGAUGAGCUGGAGGAGGAUGACGGAACCCCUUCCUCCCCGCUGAUGUACCCCAGCCCUUCCAGCACCAUGUCUCCUUCCCUCAACACCCGCUGCUCCGUGGAGCUGCCCCGGCUGACCGACCUGACCGGCACCAUCAGCCUGAACGAGAGCCUCGGGGAGAGCAUGCUGGAGGACCUGCAGGAUGGAUACACCAUGAGCCCCUCGCAGCAGCUCCCCCCGGCCGCCCUGCGGCAGCGGAGCUCCAGUUUCACCUUCAACUCCAAGUGCUCCACCAUGGGUGCUGCCACCAACACCUACUGCGGGACCAUCUACAGCCAACCCGCCAUGAGCCUCAUGCGGCGCCUGCCCAUGCAGACCAUCCAGGAGAACAAGCAAGCCACCUUCUCUCCUGUCAGCUCCUACAGGAACGCCUCGCUGCAGGACCUGCUCUCCUCCAUCUCCUACGCGCACAAGGAGAGCAUGGUCCCGGGGGACCUGCCCCUGCCGCAGGCCAGCCCCAUGGUGCCGGCCCGUGGCCACAGACACAACCUGUUGCUGUGCGGGAGCGGGGAGCAGGGGUUGUCCUCGUACCCGUCCCACUCGGGCUCUCUCAUGAAGAGCAAUGCUUUGUACCACCCGUCACCAGCCGGUCACCACCCUGCGGUCAACACCAGUGCCUUAGCUAAUCCUGUCAGCCUUAUGAGCUUGCCCAGUGACACGUGCAGCAUGACGGCCAUGCCGCACCACGGGCAUCUGCAUUCCUACGCUAAUAACCAAGGGGCACACAUGAGCUUGCUGGAUUCGCUGCAGGGCCCCUACCCGGGGGCUGUCCAUCCCCCCGUGUUGGGCCAAGACAGGUUCCCAGCAGACCUGGACCUGGACAUGUUCAACGGGAGCCUGGAGUGCGACGUGGAGUCCAUCAUCCUGAAUGACUUUAUGGACAGUGAUGAGAUGGACUUCAACUUCGACUCGGCUCUCCCGCCGCAGAACGGGCUCAAUGUGCCCACGCUGCCCGGGGGCCCGCAGCCCACGAACCAGAGCUGGGUGCCCGGGUGAUGCUCACCCCAGGGUGGGGGGCUCGCCACUGAGAAGCCACGAGGGGAACCUUGAGACUAACUUCAUUUGGGUUUUCUUUUCCUUUUCUCUUCUGCCUUUGUUUGUUAAGAUGGGCUUAGAGCCGUCGGUCUGAGCUUGAGGUCCAACACGAAACGCAAACCCUAGGGUCAAAUAUUGAGCCCCCAGCCCAAAAAUGUGCCCAAUCUGCUGGGUCCUCCCGGGAGCAUCCUCUGGAGGAUGCAGGGGCAGGCAGCCAGGAGAGGCAGCCGGAGUCAGGCGGGUCCACGGAGGGGGAAGCAGGAAGGGAAAACCUUUCCAGACAGUCCCAGUGCCCCGCUGGGAAGGUGCCAGUUUGGUUUGUGCUUGGGCUGGGUGAUGGAGUGGUGAUGGCUGGUGGCAUGGGAACCCCCCUUUGGAAAGGGACCCUUUGCUCCGAGCCCCCUUGGGAAACGAGUCCCCUGAGUACAAGUGUCAGGAGCAGGGACCCUGCCCCACGGCAUGGGGGGUGGCUCCUCACCCCUAGAUCCCGGUGGAGAUCGGAGCCCUGCCAAGCCCCAUGCCCAGGCCACCUCAAUGGCUCCAAGCAGUGAGGAAGGGGCUGGUGAUGGAGGGCAACGUGGUCCUGCUGGAGUGAUGUGCUGCUGGGCUGGGUCCCCUGUGCCGGGGCCCGGGGGGAGCCGCAGGGUCGGGGAGGGGGGUGUAUUUAUUUGAUUUCAUGCACUCUUUUGCCAUUGAGCUUUUGCAUUGGAAGGAAGAAAGGGAGGGGAGGAGAGAGGCUGUGGGCAACGCCGAUGGCUGCUCCCCAUCGCACGCCUCAUCUUGGCUUGGCCGUGGUGUUGGAUGUUGGGUGAUGGGGUGGAAGAGGGAUGCGGUGGGCAGGCCUGCGGUGACUCACGCUGCUCAGGGAGGUGGCACAGGGCUCCUAGGGGCCAGUCCCGGUGUCAGGAGUGACUCCAGACAGCGUCCAUCAUUCCUGCUCAUCCCUGGGAUGCCAGGAGAGCUGCUGGGGUAGGGGGAAUGACAGCAAGAAGGGUCAGCCCUGCACCAUGGGGACAGGGACCACCAUCCACACGUGGUCCUGUGAUGUGUCAGGAGCCCAAACCAGCCCCACUGCUCUGUGGGCUGGUCCAGAGGAGAUGGGGAGGGUGGGAGGAGAGGCUGUGGGAGCUGCUGCUCUGCCCCACGGGGCUCUCUGCACAGCAUGGGCUGUCUCUAACCCCCUGCCCCAUGCUGCAGCGCGGGUUACCCCACUGAACCAGCACAUUGUCCAGCUCAUCCCCUCUCCCUCUGUCCCUCCUCUACCAUGGGGCAGGCGCUGGGUCCCACUGAGCCAUAGGGGAAGCACAGCUCAGAGUGGGCAAGGUGGGACCCAUGGGUGGGCACCUCACCUAACCUAUGGGUGUGAGAGAGGAGCCCCAUGCGCCAGCGCUCACCUUCACCCUGGGCAGAGUCUCUAAAGAUGCUCUUACAAGUUAAUUCAUUAUGUUUACAUUCUUUGAUCAUGUACAGAAUUUAAUAUAUUCUAUUAUAUAUAACCUUUCUCGAAUGCUUUUUUUAAAAAGGAAUUAUUCUUUAGGGUCAGGAGCAUUACCACAUUCCUUUUAUACACCACCUCUCGUGUCAGGCAUAGUUAACACGGUCGGAAACCGACUGCAAAUGGCUAUUUAAUCCCUGGCACCCCCAGUUCUGCACAUGAAGGACAGGCAGGGAGGGCAGCAGGGGAGGAAAAGGGGGGGCUCUGCCCCCCCCCCCCCCCAAAGCAUGGGAGAAAGGGAAGGGGACCUGGCUCUUGUAGGCACACAUCCAGCAGCACACCAGCAUUUGCAGAUGGGAUGCUCAGGCACAGGGACCCCCAAGCCCCCCUUUGGGUGUCACCGAUAGGACCACCAUGGCGCAGGGGAAGCCGCACCAGCAGUAGGAAAGAAGCAGCCCCCCCCCCUCCGCUUCCCCCCCCCCCCCCCCCCCAGCCUUUAUCCCGCUCGCCUCCCCCCCUGCCCCGGGGCACGUCCCAUUGCGAAGGUGUCUUUGUGGUUCCGUGACCGUGGGGUUGUCGUGUGUGCGGUGGAGUCGUGUUGGUGCAGCGUCGUGUGUGCAGUCGUUGUGCGGUGCGAGGGACGGCGGGGGGGGGGGGGGCACCCCCGAGGGCUGGGACCCCCGGCAAAAAGGGGUGGCUGGAGGGAGAGGUGACACGGGCUGGUCCCGCCAUGGAGCCAGGGGAUGUGCGGGUACCAGGAUGGGGCGGGGUGGUGGUGAUGGAAACGGGGUGCUGGGCUCCGUGCCGUGGGGCAGGUUGGUCCUGGGGGGCUGGUGGGGGUAGGAAACCAGGGCUUCAUUUUAUGUGCAAGGCUCCGGGUUCCCUCUCUGGACACAGCUUCCCCAUCGCCCCGCUCCAUCGCUCCCUCUCUCCUGCCCCACAGGGCAGCCUUUGGGGACAAGGAGCA